UUCAGAAAACUUCCAAGCAAAAGUGAUGGCGGCCGCGGCGUCCGUUAGCGCAGCUGCCAGAGAAGAAAAUCCAAAUGCAGGGCCCAAUUUCGCUAGCCGUCCACUUCACGAAAACUAUGACCCCGCUGUCGUACACGAGAAUUGGGUAUCCAGGGAUCCCGAACUCGAGCCCAGUGAUGGGGAUGCAUCAUCUGACAACGAGUGUCAGCGAAGGGUCGAUGAAGAGUUGACGACGCUUAGCCCUGAAGAGAUUGAGAGUCGCUUGGACAGAACUCGUCGAGAGUUUUACAAUCGCCGGAAAAUCAUAAUUAAAAACCUGCCAUCCGAUGUUAGCAAUCAGGAGGUUCAUGAGCUGUUGCGCAACUAUGACUUGAAGUACUGCUUUGUGGACAAAUACAAGGGAACAGCCUUCGUCACACUGCUCCAUGGGGAGCAGGCACAAUGUGCCAUCAAAGAGUUCCACCAGCACAUGAUGCGGGAGCGGGAGAUCUCUGUGCAGCUGCAGCCCACCGACGCGCUGCUGUGCAUCGCCAACCUGCCCCACGCUUUCUCCCAGCAGCAGUUUGAGGAGCUGGUGAGACCCUUCGGCAACCUGGAGCGCUGCUUCCUGGUCCACAGCGCCUCCACUGGCCACUCCAAGGGCUACGGCUUCGUGGAGUACAUGAAGAAGGACUCUGCGGCUAGGGCUAAGUCUGAGCUGCUGGGGAAGCAGCUGGGCUCAAGGAUGCUGUAUGUCCACUGGACUGAGGUGGGCUCCCUCACCUACCCCCUGCUGCACUCCAGGUGUCUCUGUGUGGACCGUCUGCCCCCCAGCCUGCUGACUGCCCAGGACCUCCGCAAUGCCCUAGCCGACACGCACGCACCCAUCUUCUGCCAGUUGGCUCAGGGCCAGGAUGACAGUUUCCGGCGGUUUGCCAUGUUGGAGUUCUCCUCAGCAGAGAUGGCUGAGCAGGUGCAGCGAGAGGCUGACGGCAGGGCGCUAGGUGGGACCCACAUCCGGGUCUCCUUCUGUGCCCCUGGACCCCCGGGAAGGAGCAUGCUGGCUGCCCUCAUCGCUGCCCAGACCAUGGCCCUGAACCGAGGGAAAGGUCUCCUCCCUGAGCCCACAGCCAUGCAGAUCCUCACAGGCCUCAGUAACCCUGCCACCCUCAAGAUGCUGCUCAACCCCCUACACCAGGGCAGGAAACAAGGUCUCCUUGGUGCUGCUCCCACCAUGCCGCUGCUGGCUAACCCUGCCCUCUCUGCUGCUCUGCUCCAGCUCCUCCUCCAGAACCAGGCCCAAGUUCAACAGGCAGGGCUGAUGGGGGACAACCUUCUGGCUGCUAUGCCUCUCCAGCAGGGAGUCCAUCUGCUGGGAGACCUGCCUCAAGGCGGUGUGGUUCCAUCCCUGGGCCUCCAGUCAGACCCUAUGGGCCCCAGAAACCCCCACUCUAUGGGUCGCCCCCUGGGCAGAGAGUCUCCCACCAGCUUCUCCCAGAACCCCUCCCCCACUCUCCACCCCCACCUGGGUGGAGUGAUGGGGGCAGAGGGGCCUACAGCACUUGGGGUGUCCAUACUAGGAUACCCUCCCAACGAUGUGAAUCUUCCCCAGAACCCCUUCAAUGUCCACAGCCUGUUCCCAUCCUCAGGCGCCAACUGCAGGCCCCACCCUUACAGGAAGAGACCAGCGCUAGGCAACUCAUCCAACCAGCGCACACAGAACAUCCACUGUAACUACAGGCUGCGCUACCAGGAGUCCUACACCCCAGACUACCCCCCAAUACACCAGGACCCUCUGGCCCAUCUGUAUGAACAGCAGGAGGCUCUGGACACUGGAGCUCUGGCAGGGUUCGGACAGCAGCGGUUUGGCCACCCUGGCUACAGUGAGCAGGCCUCCUCCCACUAUAGUUACCCCCCCAGCCCGCCCUCGUCUUCGUACUACAGCUCAGUGGCAACCGGCCCCGGCAGCCUCCCAUCCAGCCAUCUCAACAAGGCUGUGGGCAUGCCUCCGGUGAGCCACUCUAACACAUACCCAUCUGGUCUGGGGAUGAAGACUCCCGUUGGUGGUCACAAGCGUCUGAUCCCAUCUCCAGAGCCCAGCCCACAAGGGGGCUACGUGGGACAACACUCUCAGGGCCUGGGGGGCCACUAUGCUGACUCCUACCUGAAACGCAAGCGUAUCUUCUAAUGUAAACCAAUCAAAGCUUCUUGUACGAGUUGCCAAUUAACAGCCAGGAUGUGGCUCAUAGCUCCAUUUCCCCCCGGAGCUCCUCCAAUCAGCUUUUAGGUUUGGGCUUGGUGGUCCAGUGGUCUCUCACUUGUGUUCCUGCCAGCGACCCCUGGAGGGCGCUGGGGGUCAGCCUGUCGCUAAUCAGGACAUAACAAUGCUUGCCAGUGUAUGGGAGUUUUGAGUUUUUUUUGUAAAUAUGAUUUCAGUGUGCUUGUAAAGUUUUAUCUUUUUUUUUUAAUGUCAUUUUUUUUCUAUCAGGAAAUCCUUUUGUUUAAAAAACGGGGAGUUACCUUGUACUAUAAGAAAAUAAUUGUAAAAUCUGA